UUCUUGCAUCCGUAGAACAAUACUCAAUGCGAGAUUCAGGAGGAGGAAAAAAGAGGGGGGAAGAAGGGUCGGCUGCUGGGCAUCAUUACCCUCAGUGACGUUCUUCGAUAUCUCAUCGGCAACGUGGCAAUUGGUGAAGGAAUAGAUUCAAUAGAGGAGAGCGCGUCGUCCUCCACGGAUAAAGUGCAGCAGGCUGUCGAGAACCCGUGCUCGUGAUGGAGGGGCGCGAGGUGUUGUAUAAUAUGUACGGAUGAUACGUGCUUUGUUUGUGUUGAGUCGUGUGGAGAUCAGUGCCGUGCGCACGCGACUAGAGUCGUCAAUACCACCAUGGCCGCUGCCAUUCAAGCAGUCUCUAUUCGCGGGCACGAAGAGCGGCAGACACCCAAACCCCAUGUCGUAUACCGCAUCGAAAUACAAGCUCACGUUCGUUCAUGGCAGAUGUGGCGACGGUACUCCGAGUUCAUCGAACUCCACACCGAACUCACCAAGUCGACCGGCUCGCCACCACCCGCGGUGCUCCCACCCAAGAACACGUUUGCCAUCUUCAAAGGCCCGUUUAAAGACGAGAGCUCGACGAUUGAACAGCGUAGAGCGGGGCUCGAGGCGUACCUCCGAGCAAUCAUUGGCGCUAAAGAGGACAAGUGGAGAGAGAGCUAUGCGUUCCGGGAAUUCUUGGGUGUGCCAGUUGGAAAGCAAACACCAGCUGCUGGGAGUGGCUCCAUGCAAUUCUCCUCGGCGUCAUGGCUUGACGAGCACCUCGAGUUGCAGUCCCGCAUACGUGACGCCCGUGCGGACAUCAACAGACGGGACACGCUUUCCGAUAGGGGUGACGUGGGCGCCUCGCACACCGCAAACGUCCAGGCGAAGAAGAAAUUAGCAGAGAUCCUCUCUCGUGUGCGCAUUCUGACAGAGGGUUUGCAGGAACUAGGUAUGACGGGGAUGGCAGAGGGCGAACUACAGCGCAGGACCGACAUGGUCGCGCGACUGCAGGACGACUGCGAGAAGCUGGGCAAGAUAGUUACUGUGGCCCGUCAAACCUCUCGAGCAAAUACUCUGACAACACCUACUCCUGCCACAUUCACCAAUGUCUCCAUUGCACCCGAGUCUGACCGGGUUGCCCUCCUCGGGAGCAACAAGCCCGUUUCACGCGUAUUCGGUGCGGCUCUGAAGAACCCACAGGAGACUGAGCAGACUCGCCCUCUCGAUGACCAUGGCUUACUUGGGCUGCAGAAAGUGCAGAUGGAACAGCAGGAUGCUCAAUUGUCUCAGUUAACGACCAUCCUGCAGCGCCAACGGCAUCUCGGAGAAGCUAUCGGUGCAGAGCUCAGGCUACACAAUGAAAUGCUCGAUGGCUUGACAAACGACGUCGACCGUGUCGGUGGUAAGCUUUCAAGUGCCAAGAAGCAGUUGAAUCGGUUGGGGUGAUCAUAAUUGUCUGGGCUGAGGACCAUGUAAUGACACCAUGUUGAGUUAUUACGGAUACCAUAAACCAGUAGAG